AUGGACGACGCCCGUCAACGCCUCGUGGGGGGGGACCUCAAGACCGGUGUGCCUGUCGUGAUCGCAACGGAUCCGUGCGUCGUGGAUUUUGCGACUAUGUUCAACGAGGCGGCUUUGAUUGCGGUGGGACCGAUCCGUCGCUUUGGGUUUUCCAGCUCUCCGUCCUCUGAUGGAUCCCUGUAG